AUGAGAGAGAGCAACGGUGUUGGCGUCUCGCCCGUCUCAAAUCAAGCAAAUCAGCUGUGUACGUACUUCGUCCAGAACGGUGAACCGAGAAACGACAUCACAGGUUGGUAUCAACUGGUUGGUCGCGAUGAAUGCGAUGGCUCGGCACUGCUUGAAUUCAAGCCUAUCACCUGGCUGCCCUGCCACAUUCGCUCAGCGGAUUUGUCCCGCAUCUCCACUUUCACCUUCUGCCCCACCCUCUUGCACCGCAAGGCAUAUUCCAACUAUUCCAACCCCCCGCAACCCCCCGAACCCACAACCCACAACCCACAACCCACAACCCACAACCCACAACCCACAACCCACAACCCACAGCCCUGCAUCAUAGCCUCCAGCCACUACUCUACCGGCCUCGAGCAGCUUUGCAGUCCUUCUUUCUCUUCUCUUCUCUUCUCUUCUUCUCUUCUCCUCUUCAUCUUCAGUGUCUCUCCUACUCAUGCAGAUGCUGCGACUGAGGAAGCUCUCGACCUACCCAAAUUAAACAAAGUCUUCAUAAGCGCGCGGUCGUGUCCUCAUUCUGCGUUUUCAUUCGGUCACCGAAACCUCUCGGUUGGCUCGUCUUCAUUCCCUAUUUUGUUUCUUCGAGAUCGGGAGACGAGACCACAGAUACAUACAGUCUUCUACUUUCACCCCACGCGUCUCCAUGCACCAGGCCUUGAUCGAUAUUCAAAGCUUCGCGAUUGCCGCUGCGGCUGCCUGCCCCUGUCCACCCCGCCCUGUUCUAUAGUCCGCCUUUUCUCCUCGCUCUUCGCCCCUCGCUCGUCGUCCUUCGCGCCUCGUCCUUCGCGCAUCGUCCUUCGCCCCUCGGUCCAUCUUGAAUCUCCUCUCAUUUCAUCUUGCCUUCUCCGACUCGGCGCGCGAGACUUCCCCCUGCUGCCUCCAGAGCCAAUUGGCUUUCUGCGGAGGAUGACAUCAACUCCCUGA